AUAAUAACACUAAAAAACUAUUAUUAAACUAAGAAAACUUUUCAUGCUGAUUGUCAUCAACUUUAUUAGAAAGAUGAUUAGGCAGGACUACUUCUAUCAAACUAUUUAAACUCCAAAUUCCUUUUUGCUUUGCCAACUUAGGACACUUGCUAAUUUUCCUCAUAUCUCUCUUAUCAAAUAUAUGAGUUUCAUGCUAAAAACAACUCCACAAAAUCUCUCAUAUAUCAUGCAUUUUUCAAUUUAAGUUCCAAGAUUGUUUUCCAUUCUCAAAUACUGACAUGGGAAACUUUCAUCUUUCUCAUCUUCUGCUUUUCUUGACAACACUUGGUGUUGUUUUAGCUGUUUCUUCACCAGAUGGUCCAUCUGAUUCUUAUUGGCUUUUGAGAAUAAAGUCGAAAUUUGUUGAUCCAUUCGGAGUUCUUGAAAACUGGUCUGAAGGAACAAGUAUAUGUACCUGGAAUGGAGUGGCAUGUUCAAAUGAUCAAUUUCAUAUUGUGAACCUGAAUCUUUCUUCUUCAGGACUAGAAGGUUCAAUAUCUCCAGAAUUCGCGCAUCUCACUUCUCUACGAGUGAUUGAUUUAUCAGACAAUUUUCUUAAUGGAACAAUCCCUCCUGCAUUAGGAGAGCUUCAUAACUUGGAGGAAUUGCUUCUUUUUUCCAAUUUUCUCACAGGUGAGAUUCCUGUAGAGAUUGGUCAUUUGGGAAAGCUGCAAGUUCUUAGAAUUGGAGCCAAUAUGUUGACAGGCCAAUUGAUACCAGAAAUUGGUGACCUGUCCGAGUUGAGAGUCUUGGCUCUUGCUUAUUGCCAGUUCAGUGGAAAGAUACCAAAUGAGAUUGGUAAUCUAAAACAUCUGAAAAAUCUUGACUUGCAGCAAAACAGUCUUACUGGCCCCAUUCCAGAAUCAAUUGGCGGCUGUAAAAAUCUUCAAAAUUUUGCAGCAUCAAACAACAGGAUAAGGGGACAGAUUCCUGCCUCAAUCGGUCAGCUUGAAUCGCUCGAAAUCCUGAACCUGGCCAACAACAGCAUUUCUGGUUCAGUUCCUGUUGAGCUGAGACAUCUUUCCAAUUUGAAGUACUUAAACUUGUUUGGCAAUGAUUUGGAGGGUGAAAUCCCUUUCGAGCUUAACCAGUUGGUUCAGCUUGAGACAUUAGAUUUAUCAAACAACAAUCUUUCAGGAAUCAUAUCUCUUCUCAACACUCAGCUGAAAAAUCUUCAGACUGUAGCUCUCUCUGGAAACUUUUUAACAGGAAGCAUCCCGAGUAACUUCUGUCUCCACGGUUCAAGCUUAAGCCUACUUAUUCUGGCGGAGAAUAAGCUAUCCGGAAACUUCCCCUUGGAGCUACUAAAUUGCACGUCCCUACGACAACUCGAUCUUUCCAGUAACAACUUUGGAGGAAUGCUGCCACGAGGCAUCGACAGGCUACAAAGUCUCACUGAUCUCCUGCUCAACAAUAACAGCUUUACUGGAACUAUACCGCCUGAAAUAGGAAACUUGACUAACCUGGAAGAUUUGUACCUGUUUCACAACAUGCUUUCUGGUGGAAUUCCAGUUGAAAUAGGAAAGCUUCAGAGGCUAAGUGAAUUAUACCUCUAUGAAAACCAGUUGUCAGGAAGUAUACCAGUAGAGUUAACAAACUGCUCCAGCUUAACGAGCGUUGAUUUCUUUGGUAAUCAGUUUUCAGGCUCUAUUCCUGUUAACAUUGGUAGGCUUAAGAAUCUUGUUGUUCUUCAGCUAAGGCAGAAUGAGUUGUCCGGUCCAAUCCCACCAAGCUUAGGCUACUGCAGUAAGCUUCAGAAACUGGCUUUAGCUGAUAACAAACUUUCAGGAUCAAUUCCACCAACUUUCAGAUUUCUCUCAGAACUGGACCUGAUUACUCUUUACAACAAUUCUUUUGAAGGUCCAUUACCUGAAUCUCUUUCCCUUUUAAAAAAUCUCAGCAUUAUUAACUUUUCUCAUAACAAGUUUAGUGGAAGCAUUUCUCCCUUAGCUGGUUCACAUUCUUUGACUGUUCUUGACUUAACAAACAACAGCUUCUCUGGUCCUAUCCCAUCUGAGCUAGCCUUGUCGAAAAACCUUACCCGUCUUCGCCUUGCUAAUAAUUUUUUCACUGGUGAACUCCCUUCUGAACUUGGACAACUUGAGGAUCUCAGGUUCCUUGAUUUGUCGUUCAACAAUCUGACCGGAGAUCUAGUACCUGCCUUUUCUGGCCUAAAAAACCUUGGUCAUUUUCUCCUUAGCUCUAAUCAAUUUUCGGGGAGAAUCCCCACUUGGUUAGGAGGCAUAGAUGGUCUUGGUGAACUUGACCUUUCAUUUAACAAUUUCACUGGAACAGUUCCAGCAGAACUAGGCAACUGUCCGCGAUUGCUCAAACUUUCUCUAAGUAGCAAUAAAUUAUCAGGUACCAUACCACCAGAAUUGGGAAAUCUCACAAGUUUAAAUGUCCUGGAUCUUCAAAGUAACAAUCUUUCUGGAUCCAUUCCUUUAACACUUCAACAAUGCAAGAAACUUUAUGAGCUAAGGCUUUCUGAGAAUAAUCUGAGUGGCUCAAUCCCUUAUGAAAUCGGCACCUUAUCCGAAUUACAAGUGAUAUUAGACCUGAGCAAAAAUCACCUUUCUGGUGAAAUUCCUUCAUCACUUGGAAAUCUUGUGAAGUUAGAAAGACUAAACCUUUCAUUCAAUCAACUUCAAGGAAAAAUCCCACCAUCACUUGAAAAGUUAUCAAGUUUGCAUAGGCUCAAUUUAUCAUAUAAUCAUUUCCAGGGCCAAAUUCCUUCCACAUUUUCAGGAUUUCCACUGAGCUCUUUCACUGGUAAUAAUAAACUAUGUGGCCCACCAUCAUUAUCCUGUUCUGAAUUAAAGGGACAAGAGACAAAGCGGCUGUCGAAUGCUGGUGUUGUAGGGAUUACUGUUGCCAUUGUGUUAACUGCCACUGUCAUAUGCAUGGUUUUGCUUUAUAUCAUGUUAAGAAUCUGGUGCAACUGGAGAAAGGUUACAAUUUCAUGUUCAGAGACUGGUGGAUUUGAGAAGAAAAAAGAAGAGGGAAAUUGGGUUUAUGGAGAAGAGAUUAAAAGUGGUAGUAAAUAUUGGAAUGUGAACAACAUGUCACCAGUUAAAUCUCCAUGUAAAGAGAAGCAAAUAUCUACAGGAACAUGCAUGUUUAACCUUAGCAAGAGUUCAUCAGAUAGAUCAGAAAGACCAUUAGUUUGAGAGUUUCUAUUUGCUUUAAUUUGCUCAUUCAUAUUUUCUUCUUUUUUUCUCUACUUUGUAUAUUUUUUUGAUGUGUUCAGAUAAUUGGUUUAAUUCAGUGGGGUUUACAUGUAAAGAGCAAUUACUUUGUGAUAACUCUACAUCAAGGAGAGAUUCAAUUGUAUGCAAUGAUAUGAUUAUGAGAGAUGUAUGUCUACCACAUUGUGAAGAAAAUGAGCAAAUCGACCGAACCGUUGCUUUCA